CAGAAGAGAGAAAGAGAAAAGAGAAUGUCAAUCUUCCUCUAUUUCAUCUUCCUCUUACCCCUUUUCUUACUCUUCUUGAAAAAUCUCCGACCUUCGAAAUGGAAGCUUCCUCCGGGACCAAAGAAGCUUCCGAUCAUCGGAAACUUACACAACCUCGAAGGAAUGCUUCAUUUAUGUCUUCGGAAUCUUUCCCAAACGUACGGACCAGUGAUGCUACUCCGGUUCGGAAUCGUGCGGAUGGUUGUGAUCACAUCGAAAGAAGCAGCCGAGGAAGUCCUCAAGACACAAGAUCUUGAGUGUUGUAGCCGACCAGAGACAGUUUCCGGCAGAACAGUCUCUUACAACUUCAAAGACAUCGGCUUUGCGCCUUAUGGUGAGGAAUGGAAGGCGAUGCGGAAGCUCUCGGUGGUCGAGCUAUUCAGCAUGAAAAAGCUUCAGUCUUUCAGGUAUAUCAGAGAGGAGGAAAAUGACUUGUUGGUCAAGAAACUGUCUGAAUCGGCUUCAACACGAACCCCGGUGAAUCUGAAGAAGACCCUUUUCACAUUAGUCGCAAGUAUCGUGUGUAGGCUUGCGUUUGGACAGGAUCUCCAUAAGUGUGAGUUCAUAGACGAGCAUAGUAUCUCAGAGCUUGUUCAAAAGUCUGAGUUGGUUCUUGCGAGCUCUGCGUUCUCUGAUUUCUUCCCUGGAGGAACCGGUUGGCUCGUUGAUCGGAUCUCUGGCCAGAACAAGAGACUGAACAAUGUUUUCUCGGAACUCGAUACUUUCUUCCAAAAUAUACUCGAUGAUCAUCUAAGGCCUGGAAGAACAGUGCUUGAGAGUCCCGAUGUAGUCGACGUGAUGAUCGAUAUGAUGAAGAAGCAAGAGAAAGAUGGCGAUUCUUUCAAGCUCACAACGGAUCAUCUCAAAGGAGUCAUCUCGGACAUAUUUCUUGCAGGAGUAAACACAAGCGCGAUGACCUUGAUCUGGGGAAUGACUGAGCUGAUCAGAAACCCGAGAGUGAUGAAGAAAGUGCAAGACGAGAUUCGGACAACACUUGGGGACAAGAAGGAGAGAAUCACAGAAGAAGAUCUCAACAAGCUUCACUAUUUCAAGCUCAUGGUUAAGGAGUUAUUCAGGUUACAUCCAGCAGCUCCACUUUUGCUCCCAAGAGAGACAUUGUCAGACAUCAAGAUCCAAGGCUACGACAUUCCUGCAAAAACACAGAUCAUGAUCAACGUUUACUCGAUCGCACGCGAUGCAAAACUAUGGAAAAACCCAGAUGAGUUUAACCCUGACAGGUUUCUCGACAGUUCCAUAGAUUACAGGGGAUUGAACUUUGAGCUUUUACCGUUUGGUUCUGGAAGAAGAAUCUGUCCCGGGAUGAAUAUGGGGAUCGUCACAGUGGAAUUGGGUUUGUUGAAUUUGCUCUACUUCUUUGAUUGGACAUUGCCUGAAGGGAAAACGGUGAAGGACAUCGACCUGGAAGAAGCGGGAGCUAUAGUCAUCGGCAAGAAAGUUACCCUGGAGCUUGUUCCACUUCUUCGUUACUGAAGUGUUGAUGAAACAAAAUAGUCAAUAAGAUGAAUGGCUUUCACUCUCUGUUACAAACUCUGAAGCCCUUGUAGUUUGAUCAGUGAUCACCACACAGUAAUUUUCACAAACACUUGGUGAACACUGGGUUUUCGCACUCCAAGCAACAUCUUCUUCCUUUCUUUCCCUCUGUUUCUGUCACGAAAUUAAAAAUAUUCUCUAUCUAUCGCCAUUAAUCUGUUAUUAUCUAAUCAUUGACACUCUCCAACG